UCGGCUUAAGCUAGUCCACGUGCGGAAGGCGUGCAUUGUCUUCGGCUUGUCAUCUCUCGGUGAAGUGUCAUAAAGGACCCGGGAGACCUUCGAACCCCGGUUUCUCGAUCGUGCGCGAUCUUUGGAAAAAAAAGGAGAUUCGGUCCUCGUCCACUUGGAGCUUUUGGAAAAGCGAUGACGCGCUCGAAGUGACUCCGAGAAAAAUCAGUGCUACCAAAAUGGCGGAAAAUUUGCAUCGGAUUUUACAGAUCGUCCGGGAUUAUCGCGCAUCUCGCCGGAGCCUUCGACGAAGCUAGAGAUUUGUGAGGAAUCUGUUAUCGUAUAGACUGUCAAGGAUCUAUAAUUAAUUAAAAUUAAUUGGUGAUUAAAUUAUGCUAAGCACAUUCGAAGUCUAAGAUUUUUUUAAAAAUGUCCGUAUUAACUCAUCAUCGAACAGGAGGUGGAAGUUGUCAGUCGUAAGAGGAAGAAGAAGAAAAAGUCGAUGAGCCAAAGAAACUGCAUGCUAAUUAAUUCCUUAAACGUUCAUGCCAGUGAAAUUUAAACUAGUCAAACAUUCAAAGAGAUUUUACAGCUUCACACUGAAUCAGGUUUCUCCUGGAAUAUUGGAGAAAUUCGAUUUUGAAAAAUCUCUACUCUUUCUCGUCAAAUGGUCCGAAGAAAUGUUCCAUUCUUGAAUUAUCUUCACCGUGUGACGAGGCUCUCUUCAUUUUGAGAUCGCGAUGACGUGCAAGGUAUCCGCGAAACAAUAAACAAACGUCACCAUGAAUCUCGCGCUCGGGAUGCUUCUGAUCACCGUAGCCGGCGCUCUCAAUCGCGAUGACAGCUACUCGUGGAAACGCCGAGAGGACAUCAAGGUCGCGGCCACGAGCCGACCGGUUCCAUCGAUUAAGGUUAAAGAAGCUCGCUUGCAGCGAUCCGGCAUACACCUGGCUCAGAAAUCGAGACCGUCGAGUUCGCUCGUCAAGGUCGACGUUCUCCAAAAUUCGCCGAGAAGGUUCGCCGAGGACUCGGACGAGCAGCAGAAUCUCUGGAACCACAGGACGCGGCAGGAAGUGACGCGCGAGAAUCGAGCGAUCGAGAGCACUCUGAAGAACGUCAUCGGCAGACCGCCCUUGCACAAGGUCGAGCAGUACGAGUACUUUUCGAAUUUUCCGUACAACAGCGACGAGACCACCGACGCCAUAUUGGAGAACGCGGAUUUUCCUGCGCAGAACGCGGUGUUCUCCAAGAACGUUCAGCAAGAUUUCUUCGAUCAUAACGCGAAGGAGGAGGAGGAGACGAAGGAUUGGAGCGGACAGAAUUUAUUCGAGAAAGACCUGCAAGGGGUGGAGGAAGAAAUUGAUAUUCAGGAAUUUCUGGACGAGGUUAGGCAGAAGAAACUGAGCGGAGAACUCGAGGAACUGUUGGGUGGACAUCGCCAGGGCAGAAGAAGGAAACUCACCAGUCAGCAGCAAGGUGUUUUGCUAGUGGAAACGCUUAGGAAGAAGCGAAAUCACACCAAUGAUCAUCGAGGACAUGGUUCCAAUCUCCAGAGUGGUCUUAUGGAUAUGCUGGGCAGAAUGAUACCGCAAACGUGUAAAUAUAAAGGCGCAAAGUUCGAGUGCGGCCUUAGCAUUAGCUGCGUUUUAGGCGGUGGUCGACCUGUCGACCUUUGUUCCGGAGGUUUAAUAUGGAGCUGCUGCGUUGACGACGACGACAUACCUGAAAAGAUACGACCAACCGUGGGUUUGCUACAGAAUGCCACGUUUUCCCUAAAUCUCGGGCACCAACAGCCGUACGUGGACGACGACGUGAACAUUUACGGAAGCUCGGCGAGACCCGGAAGACCGUCUCCGGGUCAAGGAGGGACGGUCCAUCGACCCACGUUCGCCGCAAGCGGCGGCGGCAAGCCGACGAGCCUCUACGAUCCGUCUUACACAGUCUGGAACCACGAUCGGCCGAACGAUCUCGCGAUCGGCUACGAUCGGCCGACGUACGCCGUCACUCGGCCCCCGCAUCAUCAUCCGGUCCAGAUGGAUUUUCCGGUCCAGGACGAGUACGACGGUGGCGGCUACCAACCCGCCACUUCCGGCACGCACGUUCCUGCGAUCGAGGACUCGUCCAGUGCCGCCGUGGACUACUCUAGAUACCGUGGCUGCGGCGAGCUCUACACCAGGAGCAACAGGAUUGUCGGAGGACACUCGUCCAGUUUCGGCAGCCAUCCGUGGCAGGCCGCUAUUAUCAAAUCGGGAUUUCUCAGCAAGAAGCUAUCCUGCGGUGGCGCCUUGCUGAACAACCGAUGGGUCGUCACCGCAGCUCACUGUGUCGCGACGACGCCGAACAACAAUUUGAAAGUUCGACUUGGAGAGUGGGACGUUCGAGAUGCAGCAGAGCGGCUGCUCCACGAGGAAUACAACAUCGAGAGGAAAGAGGUACACCCGCAAUAUUCUCCUACCGAUUUUCGGAACGACGUGGCUUUGGUUAAGCUGUCUCGGACGGUAGCUUUCAAGCAGCACAUUGUCCCGGUUUGCCUGCCGGCGAGGAAUUUGAAGCUCUCCGGCAGAACCGCAACCGUCGCUGGUUGGGGACGAACCAGACAUGGUCAAACUUCGGCACCAUCCGUUCUUCAAGAAGUCGACGUCGAAGUAAUACCGAACGAGAGGUGUCAGAGAUGGUUCAGAGCAGCUGGAAGAAGAGAGACCAUUCACGAUGUAUUCCUAUGCGCAGGUUAUAAAGAGGGUGGACGAGAUUCUUGUCAGGGUGAUUCGGGUGGACCACUCACGAUGUCGGUGGAAGGCAGACACGUUUUGAUCGGUUUGGUUUCCUGGGGCAUCGGGUGCGGUCGCGAACACCUGCCCGGGGUGUACACCAAUAUUCAGAAAUUCGUACCCUGGAUCGAUAAAGUUAUGAGCUAAGCGAAGAAGAGAUGUCUCAGUUCCUUCGAAGCUUGUGGGUUGCUUCGCUGCCCAAAAAAAAAAAAGAAGAGAACAUGCGAGAACGACACGCACCAGUUACCAAAGUCUUGACUCAUUCUUUAAGAACUUUUGCGAUCGUAUUCUCGAUUUGAUUAUUCUUGAACAGCAGGCACUCUCUCUCUCGAAAGUGCCAAGAAACAUGAUGCUUGUUACGGCGUUGUUUAUAAAGUAUAUUCAAAGCUGAUAACGAAAUGUUAUAAAAAUUACAAUCAAUAUAUCCCAAUGAGCAAUUUACUAUGCCGGGACAAAGUUGUCGAGAUGUUGAUUAAUAUAGUAAUGAAUGGGACAUUUAAUGUAAUUGAAACAACAUUUGAACUGCUUGUAAGUUUCGUUGUUGUUGUAAUAAUUUAUUAUCACGCAUAUUCAAAUCG